AUGGAGAACAGCACUGAAGUGAAAGAAUUUAGACUCUUGGGACUGACUGACAUCCCAGAGCUGCAAGUCCCCCUCUUCAUAACAUUUACCCUGAUUUAUCUCAUCACUCUUGUUGGAAACCUGGGGAUGAUCACGUUGAUUCUGUCAGACUCUCGUCUCCACACGCCCAUGUAUUGUUUCCUCAGUAACCUCUCUCUGGCAGACUGUGUUUACUCCUCUGCCGUCACUCCCAAGGUGAUGGCUGGGCUUCUCACAGGAGACAAAGUUACCUCCUACGGGGGAUGUGUUGCUCAAAUGUUCUUCUUUGUGGCCUUUGCCAGUGUUGACUGCUUUCUACUUGCCAUCAUGGCCUAUGAUCGUCAUGCAGCAGUAUGUAAGCCCUUACAUUACACCACCACUGUGACCACCAGUGUGUGUGCUCAGAUGGUGAUGGGCUGCUAUGCCUGGGGUUUUCUUGAAACUGCCAUCUACACUGGGUCCACCUUCUGCCUCUCCUUCUGCCAUUCUAAUGUGGUCCACCACUUUUUCUGUGAUAUCCUCCCAAUCCUGGCUCUUUCCUGCUCUGAUACCUACAUGAAUGAAAUUGUGCUCUUCAUAUUAACAUCUUUCAAUGUCUUUUUUGCUCUGAUAGUUAUCUUGACCUCCUAUUUACUCAUCUUCAUUUGCAUCCUGAGCAUGCGCUCAGCAACAGGACGGAAGAAAGCCUUCUCCACCUGUGCAUCUCACUUCACUGCUGUAACCAUAUUCUAUGGAUCUAUAAUCUUCAUGUACCUACAACCCAGCUCUAGUCAUUCCAUGGACAAUGACCAAAUGGCAUCUGUGUUCUAUACAAUAAUCGUCCCCAUGUUGAACCCAAUUGUCUAUAGUCUAAGGAAUAAAGAGGGUAAUAAUUCUUUCAGGAAAGCCAUUGAGAAGAUGAAGACUCUGCUCAGCUCAUAA